UCUUAGUGUCUGAAAGAUGGAUAUAAAGAGAAGUCAAUGUUCGAAGAGUGACGAAGAUGUAAUAGUUGAUACUGGACGCUAUCCCAAGUGUUCCUCAAAAGGUCCCAAAAUCCUCAAAAUGUUGAAUACUCCCGGAAGCAAAACUAAGCAAGAACCGAGCGAGGUUUCCGUGAAAUCAGUGGAAACAAACUAUGUAACGCAAAUCGUGUCCAGUGGUAUUCGACCAGACAGCGUUUACGAGACGAAAAUACUAUUGGGACCAGAGGUAGAUCUGGCUUCUAUUAAAAUAACCGUAAAAGGGAACAAUCUCCGCAUAAACAUGAUCAAGUCUUUGGAAGAGCAAUUAACAAAACAGUUACCAGAUAUCAGCGAAAGAUCAAUUUUUGGCAACUUAAUCAAGAGAAUGAUGAAGCAUUGCGAGAAUUUACUAAUACCGGAAGGUAUCGACAACGCGAAAGUUCGAGCCGUUGUGGACAACGCAGAAAUGAAGACGGAAGGAUUAAAAAUAGGAACAGCUACUUUAGCGACUGAGAAUAUGUUAAACAUAAAAUUGCAUAGUUCAGAAGAACUAUCGAACGUUAGGAAUAUAAACUUCUUAAUACCGCCUGAAGCAAAUGCGAGGGAAGUGUCGAUCGAAAUAUGCAACAACACGAUUUUUAUGCGAGCUCCUGUUAAAAAGAAACAUAUAUAA